AUGAUGUCCGGCGAGGCAUGGCUGUACCUGUUGGCGGUGCUGAUCAAUGCCGUCAACCUGUUCCUGCAAGUUUUCUUCACGAUCAUGUAUAGCGAUCUAGAAUGUGACUACAUUAACCCUAUCGAUCUCUGCAACCGUCUUAACACCUAUAUUGUCCCUGAAGCCGCUGUGCACGGCUUCUUGACUUUCCUAUUCCUUAUCAACGGGUACUGGAUUGCGCUUUUGCUCAAUCUGCCACUCCUAGCGUUUAAUGUGAAGAAGAUCGUGGACAACGCACAUUUACUCGACGCCACUGAGAUCUUCAGGAAGCUCAAUGUACACAAAAAGGAAUCAUUCAUCAAACUAGGUUUCCACCUCAUAAUGUUCUUCUUCUACCUUUAUUCGAUGAUCGUUGCCUUGAUCCGAGACGAAUCGAAUUGA